CCUCUCCGCUCGGAAAGAUGGCUGCUACGCCGGUGGUGAGCAGCUCCGGCCCGGCGCUCUGCCCGAGCUUCGCUGUGGUCUGUUCGUUCCUGGAGCGGUACGGAGCCGCGCUGGACCUUCCCGAGAUGACCUUCCCGGAGAUGGAGGAGUAUCUCCGGGACAAGACGACAGUUCCCAAACCCCUGAUUGAACUUCACGUUAAGCUGCUCCGAAAACUGGGGAAGUCUGUCACGCCGGACCGCUGGGAGAAAUACCUGGCCAAGAUGUGUCAGGACCUGAACAGCACCUGGGCCUGGGAACUGGAGCAGAACGGCUACCAGGAAAUGUCCAUAGAGUGCAAGUCCAGCAUCCUCAAAUAUCUGUGCGAGUGCCAGUUUGACGACAACCUCAAGUUCAAGAUGGCGAUCAAUGAAGAGGAGCCGGAGAAGAUGCGCCUGCAGCCCAUCGGCCGCGACCGCCAGGGUCUGAUGUACUGGCUGCAGCUGGACCAAGAGCAGAACAUCCGGCUGUACACGGAGGAGCAGGACGACAUCGACGGGUCCACAUGGCAGUGCAUCGUGAGGACUCGAAAUGACCUGGCUGAUGCGCUGGAGCUGCUCAAGUCACAGCUGAGUCCUGAACAGACCCAGAACCAGGAUCAGGAACAAGCGUUGUCGGGGAGCGGCAGCCCCACGGAGAGAGCUGCAGAAGGCGACAAGUGUGUGGGAAGCACGGCAGGACCCACCACAGAGGAGGGUGAAAAGAAGGUUGUGAAGGAAGAGGGCGCUCUCACACAAGUCUCACCAGACUCUGCAGCGGCGAGCAUCAAGCAGGAAAACUCGGCAGAGGACAGGAAGGACCUGGAGGUGCCGUCCGUCGAUAACCGCGUCAGCACCAUAACUGUCGUCAAGUCGGAGUCCAGAGACUGCGACGCUCUGAAAAACGCAGUUUCCGUGGUGAUGCCGCCGGGAUCGGUGGUGCCAAAACAGGAAGUGAGCAAGGGGGAGGAGGCGGAGCGAGCCGUCGUCAGGAGCAACCAGCAGGCCAAGAUCCCACUGAAGAAGAGGGAGCUGAAGCUGGCCGAGAGUUUCCAUAGCAACCACCUCAACAACACUAACAACAGCAGCAGUAUAAUCGUGUGUAACCCGUCUGUGAUCCAGACCCAGGACAGCCAGGUCGCAGCAGCGCCUCCCAGUGGACUGGCAGCGACACAGCAGCCGCCGGGGAACCGACCGGAGCUCACGAACGGUCGGGCGUCCGUUCUGCUGUCGCAUAAAGAGGCACAGAACGGAGUCAUCAUUGGUCAUGUGGGGCACGUGGGGGUCAUCCGCAGCGCUCCGGAGCUCUCCAGGAUCCCUGCAGCAGAGCUGCAGAACGGGCCGGAGCAUCAGAGCUGCAGAGGUCCUGAUGAGGAGAUGGAGGGCAGUCGGCAGUCCGUGCUGGUCAGGAAGUGUCAAGUGUCUGAAGAGUCCAAGAUCCCCACGGGAGAAGCUGAAGAUGGGGGACAGCAGGACAAGGAGGCGAGCAGUCCAAACUCAGUCCAAACUGGGUCAGGUCCUGGUGUAGAUGCGGAGAAAGACAAACUGGACCCUGAGCAGAAAGAGGAACAUAACCAUGAAGAGACUGGAAGCACUUUAGAAAAGCAGGAAGCAGAGGACUCCACUGUGAGUUUUACCUCCACAGAGGUGCAGGGGGAGGGGGGAAGCAAGGGGGUCAAUGGAGGGGUGGCGACCCAGAAUCGGGCAAAGGAGUCUGGGUCCAAGGCGGGCCGGGAGCAGGCCUCGUCGGAGCUGCAGAAGGAAGGAAUCCGACUGAAGAUCAAGAUUCCUCCGCAUCGCAGGAACAAGAGGAAGGAGAAGGUGGCGAAGGAGCAAAGCGCCUCAGAGGAGGGGGCGAGUCUGAGGAGGUCUGCCCGGAUAUCCAGGCCGAGUCCCAAAGCAUCGGACGACCAGAAGGAGAAACCUGAGAAGAAGCAGUCGAAGAAAAGCAAGAAAGAAGACGAGGAAGAAGAAGAAGAGGAGGAGCGGGAGGAGGAGCCACGAUCCAGAAACCAAAACAAACCAGAACCAGCAGAGUCCAGUGGGAAGCGCAGGGGUCGGAAGAGGAACCGGCGGCCGCGGUGGACCAACAUCCGAGCCAAGCGACAGAAGCCCAAUGAGGACGAGGACCGGGGGGAGCAGAGUGAAGGUGGGAGUGGGUCGGAGCAGUCCUGUAAGCUGGAGGAGAUCCCCAGCGAGGACGCCUGCUCGCACUGUGGCCUCCCGAACCACCCGGAGCUGAUCCUGCUCUGCGACUCCUGCGACCAUGGCUACCACACGGCGUGCCUGCGCCCGCCGCUCAUGCUGAUUCCAGACGGAGAGUGGUUCUGCCCGCCCUGCCAACAUAAGCUCCUGUGUGAGAGACUGGAGGAGCAGCUGCAGAACCUGGACAGUGUUCUGAAGAAGAAGGAGCGAGCAGAGAGGAGGAGAGAGCGGCUGGUGUACGUGGGCAUCAGUGUGGAGAACAUCAUCAACCCUGACGGGGAGGAGGCGGAGGAGGAGAAGUUCCUGAAGAAGAAGGACCCCAAGAAAAGUAAAAAUCUGGGUCGGCGCUCCACCAGAACCAGGAAGAACAUCAGCUACAGGUUCGAUGACUUUGACGACGCCAUCGACGAGGCCAUCGUGGAGGACGACGACUGCAGUGUGCCAGGACGACGGCUCGCCGCCGUCCUGUCUGCGAGUGAGAAGCGAGGGCCGGCCUCGUCUCCCGCUCGCUCCACCCAGAGCAAGAAGAGGCGGCGGCUGAACGACCUGGAGAGUGACAGCACGGCAGUGGAGAGCGAAGACGAGUUCAUGCUGAGCAACAGCUCGGAGGAGGAUUUCGCUGCUUCAGCUGGAGAGGAAGAUGAGGAGGAGGAAGAUGCAGGAAGCGAUGGGGGGAGCUGGGACGGUACCAAGCGAUCCAGGGGGACAGCCAAGACCGGAACCAAACCCGGACGGAUGCAGCAGAAAGGCCGGCGCCGGGGGCGACGGCGACAUUCCUCUGAGGAGGAGGAGGACACUGACGAAGACAUCGACUCGGACCAGUACAGUGACCGGUCAGACAGUGACGCUGACAAGAAGAGAGGCGGUCUGAGGCGCGGACACCGCCAGCAGGUCAACUACCGCGAGACUUCGGACUCCUCUGACAACUCCUGCGGCUCCAACAAGAAGGUGAAGCAGGCGAGGCCUCGUGGUCGGCCCCGGAAGGAGCGCCUGUCCUCAGACUACAGUGACGCGUCGACUUCGUCCAGAGACUCGGAGGAAGACUACCAGGACGAGGAUGAAGAUGAAGGCAGAGGACGGAGGAGAAGGGAGGACGAGGACUUGGACCGGAAGCAGCAGCGGGACGAAGAGCGCAGACGGCUGCACAAGAGGAAAAUGUUGGGAAAGCUGGAGGACGAAGAGAAGAGGAGCAGAGCAAGGACCGACGUGGAGGACCCGGAGAAGAUGGGCCGGGGGAAGAGGAGGGAGAUCCUGAUGCUGCAGCGGCGGAAGAGACUCGCGCAGAUGCUAAAGAAACGGCGACCCUCCACGGACGAGGACGAGUCAGAGUCUGACGACUCCGAGUCCACGUCCUCGGAGGACCGUCCGGUGCGGAAGAGACUGAACCGCAUCGACUCUGAUGAUGACGAGGACGAAGAGGAGGACGACGACGACGAAGAGGAGGAGAAGGACGGGAAUGAUGAAGCUCAGGUAAAGGAGGCGGGUCAUGCCUCGCCUCCAUCGCAUGGAUCUCAGUCCUGCAGGACUUCUGAUGCUCCAAAGGACAGUGGUGAGCUGGACAAACACAAUGGACCGACACAGGAGGAGGACGAGGGCGGCGAGGGGACGGGACGGACGGACUCGGUACACUCGGACCAGAACAGCCCGCAGUCGUGAUGUCACCAGCCAGUGUUUACCCCUUCUUCUUCUUUGUUGCUGUCGUGUGGUGGUGGAGUUCUGCCCUCUUCAACACGCCACCCCCGGUUCUGGUCCACACGCCCCUCCUCAGCCCGUGUGUGACUGGCCGUCACCACCGCACCAAACAUUCCGGACCCGCUGGUGGUUCCCGGCUUCUGAAACUCCCGUGACGCAGCCUUGGUCUCAGAGUUGGGGCGGUGGACCCGGUCGGCCCGGCAACUGUUCAGUUGAGGCACCGUUCCUUCAGCCUCCUCUGAAGCAGAAACCCACCGUGAACCACGUGGCCAGUGAACAGACAGAAUCCCAGGUCAAGAAAAACACUAAUAACUUCACGUCUUCGACUGGUGACAAGAAAGAUUAUGAACUUAAUCUGUUGUACGGCAGAUUAUCAUUCUCAUCUGGGUUCAUCAGAUUAAUAAAGUGUUAAUCUGAUUAAAUCUUGACUUGCUUAAGGUCAGAAACUCAGGCAGUGGGCAUCAGAUUCACCUGGAGUCAUGUGACUUGGCCUCAGCGACGAGUCGUACAUGUAAAUAAUAGUGUUAAAACAUCACAAUAAACAUGUGAUCCUCUAGAAUUAUGAGUUAAUCUAAAAGAUUUCAAUGUGGAGUCAAACAGGAAAAGAUUUUGGUGAAAAUGUGCCGAUCAAAUGCCAAAUAUUAUUGACACAGCGACUGCGCUGGAGAAAGUGACACUGAAUAUUUUUUUUUGGUCUAUUUUUUUGAGACAGGAAAUGUUCCUGUGGCAUUUUAUUUUGGAGGAAGCACAGGCUCCUCUGCUGUCUCCAGGAACGGUCUCCCAAAUCAAGUGUCAAACCAGGGGCCCGAGGGCCAAAUCUGGCCCGCCAGGUCAUGUCAUGUGACCUUUAGCUGCAGCUCGACAAUAUUGUGAAGAUCUCAGUGGUCCAGCCUUGUUGCUUCAGGCUGUUUCGAAGAGCAUUGAUGUCAAUUAUCCAGAAACUUCCAAAAACUCAUGCAGAACGCCGAGACUUGAUGAGAGGAGAAAAACCUCUGCUUCGACUCUGAACUCAGAGUAAGACAAGAUAUUUUGCCCGUGGGAAUUAAAUGACACCACAUCUCUGGUACAUCAAGGUUUGGUCCAGCUGGCCGUCGUCGCCCCCUGUAGGUGGACUCGAGCCGCUUGAAAACAGAAACUAAUAUUUCAUUUUCAUUACGAUGACGGAUUGCUGAUAUCACUUUUGAGGAUUUUUAGACCAUAGCAGAUUCUGAGCGUUUCCUUCGUCCGGUUCUGGACUCGGCAGUUGGACUGCGACGCCCCUGUUGUACAUACUCUUCUGGCUGUUUUGUUCUUCUGUAAAAUAGUGUUAUAUUUUCUACAUGAAGGAGAUGCUGCUGUGAUGAUGAUGAUGAUGAUUAUGAUGAAGAGCCAGACUUCUCUUUGACACUUUUUUUAAGUUUAAUUUUUAGUGGAAAAAGUUCAAGUAAAAUGUUUAACUGUUCAAGAGGAAAAACUUGUCUUGCGUUUGUGUACCUGCCCAUUGCUCCAGGUAACAUCGCCCCCGUGCGAUUGCAGUUGCUACUACAUCUUUUUCAAACGCCA